AUCACCAGAAUUCGUUGCCCUGCUCCAACAACAGCGCCAUCCCUGCCGCUUCCUCGUCGGUUUUGCUGGAAGCCCCCCUCUUCAUGGAAACGUGUUCAGCCAGGAAAGGGUUAAGGAGUUUCUAGGGUCCAGACCGAUGCCCCCUCUUCCCCCACACGUCGCCAUGAACAAAUGAAUUCGCGGGGAAUUAAAUACCGGUUUCACAAAGGAGAAAGAGUCCUGUGCUUUGAACCCGAUCCCACCAAGGCUAAAGUGUUGUAUGACGCUAAGGUAAUGUUAUGUGCAAAUCUAAAGCCUUGCGGUGCUGUACUUGUGUGAAACGUUGUACUUUUUGCAGGGAAAAACAGGUUUGUCAGGGUUUUGGUUGAGUGAAACAGCAUGAUCAGGCCUCAGAAAGACAACAAAACAUUAGCUGCUAAAAUAGAGCUAGCUGUUAUCUUUGACGUUUUCCGGGUAUUUUUGACUGCACGUUUUAUGAUCAGGAAGGAUUGUUUUGAACAAUCAUCAUUUAUAGUGGCAUUUGAGGAAUUUUAGAUAGAGCUGCAUAGUAUUACAAGAGCACAAAUUAUAUCUUACAUGACUUCAAAGUGUUAGAAAACAGUGAAUUGUGUGUUUUGUGUGUGUGUUAAGUGACAACACAGAGCUUGUAAACAAACACACAGAUGUGUCUGCUGUUGCUAGCGUUAGUUGUGGCAAUUUUCACGUAAAUUAAGCCAAUUUAUUGCAUGUAAUCGUAGUAGGUGUUGUAUUCGAGCUGGUAAAAUGCUCAAGUCAAGAGUGGAUAUAUUUAUGUUGCUGGUGUUCUGACGGAAAGUGUUACUGUAGCAGAGGCUGUCUGUUCUGUGUCAAAUGGUGUCCUGAUACGGAAUUAUGUUACGUUUUAUUUAUUUAUUUUUAAAAUUUUUGCUUGAUUUUUAUUCUAUUUUGUUUUAUUUUUUAUAUAAAAACUCUGAAAAUUGCUCUAGAAAUAAAAUAAAAUAAAUAAAUAAAUAGAGACCGGAAAAGGAUUCAUUUGUGGGCUCGUGUUGUUAAGCACCAGAUUAUGGCUUUGCGCAUGCGCCAUGAGCCAUUUAGUCGCCCAUUUCUGUAGGUAGCACUAACCGGUAGAACACCUGCGUCUGUUAAGCUAGCUAGCGAACAGUGGAAGCUAGAUUGAAGGUUUAUUUACACCGACAUUAUUUGGACUUAUUAACCCUUGUAAGCUCAAAGUCAGCAUCAAUCAUUGUUUAACUAUUUGUAUGCAUUAUUGGAUACAGUUAUCUUCAAGCAUAGUUUCACUGUCGUUGAUUUAAGUCGUGUUUUAAUGUUAGAUUUGUGCUUCCUUGGAGGACAGACUCGUGUUAGUCUGAUAUUUAUUGAAGAUUUAUUUCGCUUUUUGUCCCAGGGUUAGGUGUUUGCUCCAAAUUUGCACCUAUAUAAAAUUGUUAAUACAAUGGAUGAAACAAAGACAACGAAAAACAUUGUUCUUAAUCCAAAGGGGCCUUAAACUAAGUUCACGUGUUCACAUCUUGCAGGUCCUUGAUGUCUUGAUAGGGUCAGAUGAACAUGGAAGAAGAAUCCCAAAGUACCUGAUUCACUUUAACGGUUGGAACAGAAGGUAACAACACAACCUGGCGUUUUUGUGACAUAAUCCUGCACUUCAUGCUCAUUUUACUGUUUAUCAUUGCAAAGUCUUAUCACCACCUUGUGUAAUGAUGUAGCUACAAAACCCUGUUGUGAAACCGUGCAAGUCUGUGGAUUUUUAUUUUUUAAAUGUUUGUGUGUUUUUGGGUAGCUGGGAUCGUUGGGCUGCAGAAGAUCAUGUCCUAAGGGACACUGAAGAAAACCGUAGAUUGCAACAUAAACUGGCUCGCAAAGCUCUAGGUCGCAUGUAAGUUCAUGUUACAUUGAUUCAUUCAGUCGUGGAGGCUUUUAAGUAGCUCCUUUUUAUCCAUAAACAAGGUGGAAUAUGAUCUUUAAGAUGAGAAGUUUUGCACCACUUUGAUAUUCAGCCCUCACUAGGACACAGAGCUAGGUUGUGCAAUAAGAAGUAGUUGAAACAGUCGUAUUUCCAUGCAUCUUUAUGCCUUUCUUGUCCACAAUAUACUGGCAUUACAGCUGUUUUCGUGAAAGCCAUUCACGUCACAAUCAAACCAUGAAACAUCUCGGCCUCCGCAUCCAUAAAUUUCACAAUUUCGCCACAGAUUUGACGAAACAUUUGUCCCUCUUUCUUCUCAUAUUUGUCUGCCUUACACUGCACAUUGAAAUUAUCACUAAAACAUGGAUUUAUUUCCAGCAGCUUUUUGGAAAAGUUGAAUGUUAAGUCUCUGAGAAUGUUUUUUUUUUCUAAAUGCAAAUUAGUUUAAGACUUUUUCCAGUCCAUACCUUUAAAAAAAUACAGACUAAAAUACCCCACAAAGUAAAAGCUGAGCAUUCAGUUUCUGCAGCUUAAGUUGAAAGCUGUAGAGAAUCAUAUUUGUAGAUUGCAGAGUACUGCAGCGCUGUUAUUGACCUUACGUAAACCUAAAGAUCAAACUAAAAGUUCAAUGCAGUAGCUGUAGCAGUUUUUGUAUUUGACUGAUGGUUGUUUGGGUUUCCUGUCCUGGUUCUAGGAAGAAAAAGGGAUGGGCAAAGCGUCGUCGUCGCCAGUCUGGUACUAAAUCUUCUUUGAAGACUCUCCCAAAGGAGGACGACAGUGAUGACGCAUGUGAGCAGCCUUUUUUUGCCUCUUUGUUUGGAUUGCCCUGUCUCUCUGCCGUCAUGUUGAUCCAUCUUUUGUUGUGUUGUGUUGUGUAGGUUUGAUUUCAUCCUCAGACAGUAGUGAGGGGGACGACUCUGACCCUGAAUCUUCAAAUAGUGGGGAAAGCACCUUCUCGGAGGAUAUCAACAAAAUGGUAAAAGGGGGCUAGUUCAGUUUCAAUUCUUGGUUUUCUUGGGAUGACCUCAAUGCUCUGGGUGUCUUUUAGACUUAAAGGUGGGGUAGGCAGGAUCUGAGGAAGUGCCAGUUUUGGGGAGAAAUCUUGAAUGUAAACACUACCCCUCCCAAUCAGUUUUCCCUUCAGCUCCUCCUCUCCCCUCCCUCUCCACUUUGUUUGGGCUCCUGAAUGACAUGGGGGAGCGGCGUCCACCUCACAACCAAUCAGGAUGGGGGAGGCGGGGAAUGGCUUUGUUUACAGUCAGAAAGAGCAGAGCACUCACAAAAAUUAAAAUGUUGACUACACAGGCACAACAAAACACAGCGAUAUCAUUAUAUUCUCAAAUGUCGCCAAUAACUAAUAGCUAUUGGCUGAUAUUAAAAGCUUUUUUGUAUAUACAUCACAAAAAAAGACCCUCCUUUACAGAUUCCUGCCUACCCCACCUUUAAAGGGAUAUUUAGAAGUGAGGUUAUAUGAAUUAUUUGUCAUUAGAAAGUGAAUUAGCCUCAAGGGAUGCUGGUCAGGUCUGCCCCUUUUAAUAAGGUACAUGAGCAUGCAAGCAAGGCUAUCAUUUUAGGACAGACUCAACCAUAGUGUUUUAUGAGUUUUGAAAGACUCUGACCCAAGCACACGUCCUAGUUUGAGUGCAUGUUCAAGUGACACGUUUACCUCCAUAAAAAAGACUAUUUUAGCUGCUGAAACUACAAACUCUUCUCAUAUUAUUGUGUCUUUUUGCUUGACAUUAACUGCACUGUCUACGGAAAACUAGUUUAACUUGCAUACUGGUUUCUUCUGGUUCUUUUGGGGAAAGAGGUAUGCUUUUGCUCUAUGUGUAGUUACAACUUAAUUUCUGAUUUCUUUCAGAGGGUUGAGCCAGACAUCAACGUCAAAAGGGAAACAGAGGAGAAGAUCGUCCAUGUGGACAUCAGCAUCCCAGAUGUUCUCAAGAAGAAACUGGAGGAUGACUGCUUUUACAUCAACAAGAGGAAGAAGGUACAUGAAACACACUGAGUGGGGUUGUAGAGUUUAAUCGUCUAUUACUGCUGUGUUUGAUAGGCUUUGAGAGUAUUUAAGGCUUUAUGGAUUUAAUUUUUUUUCCGUCAAGCUGGUGAUGGUUCCCUGUCAGACGAACGUGGUGCACAUCCUGGAGUCCUACGUGAAGCACUUUGCCAUAAACAAAGCCUUCAUGGCUAAUGAGAGGUACAGGCGCCAGCAGAGCACCACGCAGAGCAGCAGCCCUCAGCCGAUCCCUCCAGAGAAGAGGUGAGUCCUCGUUUACCCCGAGCUAGUGCGCCUGCUUCCUGGUGUAAACAGACAAAAUUAGGAAGUGUAAUAUGUUGAUGUUUGCUGAUCAACUUAAUAUCGUGUGUCUGAAGUGAGGAGCUGUGUAAGGAGAUGGUUGACGGCCUGAGGAUCACGUUCGACUUCACCUUACCCAUGAUCCUCCUCUACCCCUGUGAGCAAGCUCAGUUCAAAAAGGUCAGCUCCUCCAGGCUGUUCCUGGCCAUCAACGAAAGCUCGCCUUGCUCCAGCAGGUAUGUGUCUGCGGCUCUGACAUGUUUGCCGUGAUACCCUGUUUGUGCUUUAGCAUCAAAUCGAAAGCCUCUGGUUACCUCCGCCAAGGAGGUUAUGUUUUUGGUCGCGUUGGUUUGUUUGUCUGUUAGCAACUUUAUGGAGAAAGUAACAGACGGAUUGACCUGAUAUUUUCACCAGAGGUGCGUCUCACUCCUAGGAGGAUCCCACAAAAUGUUGGUGGUGAUCUGGACAAAAUUCUGGAUACUGUGAUCCAGAACACACAAAAAUAAGGGUGUCGUUGGAAUUUUCAAUGCUGAAAGAUAAUCAAUGGGCGGCAGAGUGGCGUAGAUAGGCGGCACAGUGGUGUAGUGGUUAGUACUGUUGUCUCACAACCAGAAGGUCCUGGGACAGGGCAUUUCUCGUUUAAUGGGGGACAUGAGCUGCUUGGCGGAGGUAUGCGCUCUUCCAGUGCUUUUCUAGUUUUGUCUGUUUUUGUGUCUGAAGUGCCCAAAGAGAGCGCAGCCCGAGUCCUCUGGGACACAACCCGCCAACCCCGCAGUCCACGGACAGCCAACCGGCACUGAGCGACAUCUCUGCAACAACGCCCACAGCUCCAGCUCCCACUCCGAAGCGACGGCGUCACCCUGACAUGGACUGUAUCUCCUAUCAGUCCCAGUCACUGAGGCGCUCCACCAGGAACACAUCUGGAGGUGACCGGCCCGCAGAAGGAAGCAGUGGAGGUAUGUUGUGUUCAAUUAGUGUGGAGAAAAUUAGAUAGAUAGAUGGAUAGAUAUACUUUAUUGGUCCCAAACUGGGAAAUUCACAUGUUACAGCAGCAAAAAAAUAAAUAAAUAAAUAAAAAUAAAAAAUACAAAAUAAUAUUAAAUAUAAGAAAAAGUACAACACAGACUAAAAAUACUAAAUAUAUACAAUAAAUACAGACUAAAUAUACUAAACAUCCUACGAGAAAAAAGCGAGAUAUGAAGAACGUCGGCUAUUGAAAUGAGCAAUAAAUAUGAAAUGCGAAAUAUACAGAUGGGAUGAUAAAUAAACAGACAAAUUAAGGUGCUCAGUAAUGUGAUUUGGUAGGAUUAAAUAAAAGAUGAUAGUCAAAAGCAAGAAAAUAAAAUGUUGAUGUUUCAGGUGGAGGCAGCGCUACAGCAUCCCCGCAGCUCAAACGCCGUUUGGUUGACACGUCAUCGCAGCCGAAGUUUUUCCUCAACCUUGACAGAAGUAAGCCCGUCUUUGGAUUAAAACUGAUUAUCUUCAUAAAACUGUAACCUGGUUUUUGACGCCUUUUUUUGCUAUAAUUUUAACCUUAUUUUUAGCAACUCAGUAUUUUAAAUCACUACUAAGGUCAGUAAUGAUGGACAAAAAUUGACGUCCUCACUGCCUUCAAUCUUAGAUUUACUAGAUGUGACAUUUUCUCAUCACAUGAAGUGGAAACUAUGUUUGCAGUAACCAGUUUUGUCCACUAGAUAGUGCCAUCUCACUUCUUUCUUUGUGAUAGUCCCUUCAAACUGUGCUCCCUUUAGAGUCACGCUUCUUCUUAAAUUUUCCAGAAACGCCGGUGCACAGCGGCUCGUCUUCCCCGCUGCCCUUGACGCCGAGCAAAGAGCGAAGUGGGCCUUUCUACGGCCUAGAGAGCCGGAGAAACAACGAGCUGAAUGAGGUGCAGAAAUCACUUAGAACAGUUUGAUUUCUUCUCCUUUUUUACCUGUUACCCUCAAAUAAAGUAUAUGUUAGGGCCUGUGUCCACUGACUGCUUUAUUUGCGUUAUUUACUUUUCAAAUAAAUCAGUGUUUUUCAGAUUAAGUAAUAUGCAUGUAAAUUCUGUUUCCAUAAUGUCUGUAAGAUUUCUUUAAAUAGCAAAUAUUUCAAACACUUAAAGGUCAACAGUUCAUUUCAAAUAUCACAAUCAGUGGACACAGGCCUUCAACAGAUUGCUUUCUUGCUCUUUGAACCAGGUUUUAAGUUGGAAGCUGACUCCGGAUAACUACCCCCUUCAUGACCAGCCUCCUCCACCUUCCUACCUGUACGGAGCGCAGCACCUCCUGCGUCUGUUUGGUUGGUUUCUGAUCAGUUUACUCCCUCUGAUCCGCUCUGAAGUCAUUGAUUUCACUUGUAUUUCAUUUAUAUUCUCCUCGCUGUCUUUGCUCGUCUUCCAGUCAAGCUUCCUGAGAUCCUUGGAAAGAUGCAGAUCCCUGAAAGGAAUCUCCGUGCCCUGGUCAAGCAUUUGGAGCUCUUUCUCAGGUUACUAUCUAUAUUAAAACCAAAUGUAUCUGCAAGAGGCUUUUAUCACGCCUAGAUAGGAAAGUGUCAAUCUUUAGUUUAUAGAUGCCCUUACAGCUCCUUGAGUUCCACAGUCAGGCAUAAUAUUGAAGCCCAGUAACUUCUUUUAAAGUGGAUUGUGCGCUCGAGUGGACAGAAACGGUGUGAAAUCGUGUACCAUCUCCUCGGAGAGUAAAUCAUUAAAAAGACGAGGUGCUGCAUUCAAUUACCAGGACAUCGGAAAGGAAGCACUUCAGCUUUAAAACGAGCGUCGCUAAUAACCCGCACGGUUCAUUAAACAAAUCCUGACCUUACUGAGCGUCAAAAGCGAGUUAGAAGAAUAGAAGAAGUCCUCGUCUCACAAGAAAGGAGGUACCUGAAGUCUCCGCACAGGCUGGUUUAGUGCGGUGUUCGGUAGCCGGCUUAACAGUAUCGAGCAAGAGAUUAAAGGUUAGAGGACAACAAUGGGUCAGCGAAAUAGUGAUUGUGAGGGAAUUAUUCAUAAAUAAAAAAGGCAAGGAGACGUACUUGGAGUAAAUGAGAGCGUGUGUGGGGUUAGAGGGGAGGGAUGGAGUGAGAAAGGGCAUGUGUUAGAAGGGAGGGAGAUGAGUGGGCGUUACACAAGCGCGGGAGUCUAAUCUUUAAAUCCUCCAGAGCGAUCUUCAGUUCAGCCAGUCCCAAACCUGGGGGAUUUAGGUCCUCUCAUUCUCUUAAUCAAACAAACGCAGUGCCCGCCAGCUGCCACCGAGCAGUGCUGUGGAGCAACAGCAGAAGCCAGAAGAGGUCUGGUGAGAAUUUGAUGCCAGCAACAAGAUUCAAAACAUGUUUCAUCACCUUUUCUUUUGAACGACACUCUAGUUUGAGAGUAAAAAGUCUCAUUCUUGACUGACAUGAGUCUUCAGCAGCUCAUUAGUUUCGAGUCUCUUCCGCCAUUAUUAUCUUGUUAGCAGCAGGACUCUUCUACUACAGAGCCAUGCUGUUGUAAUACAUGCUAAAUGUGGUUUAUUAUGUUUUUGUUAUAUUUUGAAACGCCCUCCCUAGAAAGUCAUUGUCUGGAUGGCAGCGAAUGUUGCUCAGAGCCUUCACAGAUCUAAAAAGCUGGUUAUACCGUGGGCACAGGCAGUUUUUAUUGGAUGUUAUUUAUUUUUAUUUAACAAUAAUACAGAGUGACAACAACAACAAAAACAACAACAAAAAAUAAGAAAUUAACAAAAAUACUUUUGUGGGGGAGGGGAGGGGGAAAGAAUAUAUUUAAUAGACAAAAAAAAAUUUUUUUAAUUGGAUUACAUUGAAAUAUAUAUAAUAAAAAUUACUAUAUCUAUCUAUCCAAAUAUAAGCAAGGACAAGGCCAGCGCUAAAAUAACUUUCGUAGAUGUAGCCGUCUUGAUUCCGCCUCCGAUUUCGCUUUUUUCCGACGUUGUAACUGAAACGCUGGUAACUCGUGUGUGACGUCAUUCCCAGCUCCGAUAUCUGACUUCCGAGGUAACUUGAACACAGCAUCAGCCCCUUUUUACAGCCGGUCACGUCACCAACCCGUCACAGAGUAACUUCCCUGGGUGAAUUUCUUGCAUUAGGGCAACUUUUUCAGCAUUUUCUUGUCCCUUUAAGAACUGUUUUCAAAGUUUUGCUCGCAUCAAAUUAAAAAUUACUCAACUUUUUUCCAGUUUCGGCACUUGAUAUGCUGCCAUUGUAAUAUUUUCAUUUCGUGUGAAUGAUUCUCAAACCGUCACAAACUCUUUUUAAUCUGUAUUUCAUGCUCUCGAGUAAUGAAUGCUGUAAUUGCAGUGAUAUUUCAAUCUCUGCAGCCACCAUGAGCCACCCGUCACGAUGAUAUUUAAAGAUGAAAACAUUCCCACCUUGGUAACUGAUAUUUUCCUGGUGUCAGGGGCUCUCCAAGACACUGGACUCAAACUGAGAGAUCUUUCAGGACAUCCUUCAUGCCUUUUUUUUUUUUACUCUUGAAAUCAGCCUCGUGGCAGAUUGCGCCAAGAGAAAAAGAACUGAUUGAUGUCGCAGAGACCGGAGUGCAAAGCAUUCUGGGAUUUGGCCACAGCUGAUCUCUCACUCUCCCUUUCUCCGCAAGAAUGAUUAUGAUUAAGUACGGGCGUGUGAAGGCGUGUGCACAUGCGUACACACACACACACACACACGUUAUUGUGAUUUACAAUGUGUAUGCCUAAAGCGGCUUGCCUUGUGUUAUUACUGAUCUAACAGCGAUGAAGAUUAGCACGAGGCUGGAAAUGUGGCACCAGAGCGCCACGAAAAGAUUUCCAAUCAAUACAUAUACACUGAAACCUGCUCAGUGCCUUUAAAGGAAGGUUUUCGAAUCAUUCAGGAGCGAAGAAUCUCACUUAAACUAACUUCUCUUGGGUGAAAUCUUGCUUACUCACCGCCAUAUAGACACACCGUCCCUUUAUUGUCCCAUCACGACGACUUGUUUGUUAUUCGUCGUCAACGCACUCUUAAGUUCUCCUCUGAUGAGGAUAAUUUGUUUGCAUUGAGAUUAGGAAGGCCGGUGGAGCUAAGAUGAGAUGGCAAGAUUUAGAGGAUUUGGCCGAGUAGCGGAUACUAAGAAGAUUCCGGAUUAGUUUUCCCCGCUACUGAUUAGAUGAGGAGGAGGGGAGGGGGGAUUUUUCACUCUUUCGCUCUCUGACUGUGGGACGGUCACUCUCAGGGUCUGUGUGUUUCUCAGGGUGAUUGGUACUCUGUUGGUGGUGGUAUAGAGAUGGAUAUAGGGGGGCUUUGUCUCUGACAUUGACACCCCCUGCAGAGGGCAAGGGUCGAGGGCUUAUGUGGAAUCAGUCAGGGAAUCUCCAGGAAGAAAGAAGUAGUCACAGUGGAGGAAAAACCCGACCUCCUCUAUCCGUCUUUUAGCUCGUGGCCAUGUUUGCUAGUCAUGUGACACACACCUUAAACGCUGAGCACUGUUCAUAAUUUUUCACAACAUUUCCUUCUCUUGCACCAUCUUUCCUCCCGCCCCUCUCCUCUUAGGUUUCUGGCAGAGUUCCACGAGGAUUUUUUCCCUGAGUCUGCAUAUGUGUCGGCAUCAGAGGCGCACUACAGCAUGAAACAACCCCGGCCGAUUUAUUGAAGGAGACGUCGGCUGUCGCGAUCGCUCUUUGCUCGUGUCUCACCGACCUUUUCAGCUCGUCUGGACUCUCCAGGUCAACAAAAAACAGAACAUUCUGGAGACGAGCUGGAUUUAACUUCCUGGACCAAACCCCUUCUCCUGCUGUUGCUGCUAACCCUCACUUGUGCUUCGCCGUCUUGCUUUGCGUAGUUUUAUAAUUCCGCCCGCUAACGGCUGUUUGAUUUCUUCAGAGGCCCUGUGUAAUUCAUUUGUAGAGUUUCCUGACUUGGCCCACGCCUUUUAAAGCCGGAAAGCUCAUAAGUCUGUCGAUGUCGUUGCUGCAAAUUUGGAAUAUUGUGGCAUGUUUUUCCUGAAAGCACGGGGACGCAUCACUGUUUUGUCUCCAGCCUCUUACUAUGCUUGUAUCUCUGUUUUCAACGUCAGUGUUCGUUUCUUUCAAAAAUAUCGACAGGGUGCAGGGUUUCCCCUACAUGAAAUUGAUCGGGGCGCACCGCCAAGGCUAAAUAAAAGCCGCCACACCUAAAAAAAAAAAAUAAUUUUUCUUUAUCAUCUGUCUUUAUCUUUCUGUUAAUGUCAAAAGUCAACAGAUACAUCACAAAUGGAAAAAGAAAAAACAGAAAGAGGCCUUUGCACGAAACUGUCUGUGCUCUUCCAAGUCCCGGCUACCGUAAAUCUUCCAAAAGAGGCGCCAAGGGUCAACUGAAACCAAUAAGGAAUGACUGUUUUUGCUACAUGUCUGAGGAGUUACCUGCAAUGCUAUUUCGAAAGCGAUAUAAAGGCCAACAGAAGAGACUUGCUUCGGAAAACUCAAAGAUCCGACAAUCCUUUAAAAAGAGGUGCACACUUGCGAGUGACAGCACGGCGUUUGAUAUGCUGUGAAAAAAACGGCAAAGGAAAUAUCUCCACACACAUUUGACAAAAGUCUACGAAAAGAGAGAGACUGAUUAACCGUUGGCGAAUGAUCAAAUUUACCCAUCCGCAGAGAGAGAAUAUCAAAUAUAUCACAAUAUCAAACAAUUUCUAUCAGUUCUGUGAUGAUGCGCUUGAAAACGCAGCGCCUGCUUUCUAACUUAUUCUAUUCUAUUGCAUGUAUGUCCUGAUUUAAAGAGGCUGCUUUUGCAUUUUUAUAAACCUGUAGACUUCUUUGUGUAUCAUUUGUUUUUUGGAGCACUGUGCUCUGAUUUUCUCUUAACAUUUCUUCCAAAUUUCCUCCAGCACCACAACUCAGCUAAGGGUCUUCUUUUUGGUAGCACCCUGAUUUAUUUGUCCGAUCUCUUGUACAGUAAAAAUGCUGUAUAUACUUUAUUUCUCUUGUGUAAAUAGGUAGGACUGUUGUAGAGUUUCUACAGUGUGUAUGAACCCAUGUUGUGUGUUUUUGAGUUAAAAUAAAGACUUUCUCCACAUACGAUCUUGUGUCCUCAC